AAGUUGAAUUCAGGAGACACUGAGGGUGCGGGAAGGGAGGACGAUUAUGAAUGGAAAAGACUUCAGUGGAAAGUGAACUUCUCUGUCAAGAAGCAAGGUCCCGAUUUCUUGAGUAUGGCAAGCAAGAGAUAAGAGGUUUUUUGGUAAGCUUUCCCGGAGAAGAAACAAAGUGAAGACAUAACACUUCUGGGGAUAAAGCAAAAGCUACUGGAAAUACCAUUUCACUACCUAAACUGAGGGCGCGUUGCCGUUUUAGCCUGCGCUAACAGAUCUUCCUGUAAAACAAGCCAAGGAGUAAAUGAAAAAGUGGCAGAGGUGUGGCAUCUUUCGGGAUGCGGCACAAAUUGGGACUCCGCUUGUCAGAAGCAGCAGUCCCGGCCGGGAGCACGGGAAGGAAGGCCUUCAAGAAGCCAUCAGUCAGUCAGAUCCUCCUGCAGGAAGGUCAGCACUGAGGUGGGAACCGAACCCGCAGCGCCCGAGAACGCGUCUUGCGGGUGAAGCCAGCUGGGCUCCCGGGCCUUGCAGGAUCAGGGGGCGCCUCCGUCCCAGGUACUCUUCAGUUUGGCCACCCACUCCAGGGAAGCCGGGAGGGGAUUCGCUUGGGGUUAGGCUCGCUGGAGGCUGUCAGCUCUCUUUAGGACCUCAGGGAAACCUGAGAUUUUCUGGCUUUAGGACCCAGGAACUCCGAGGCAGCUUCGACUGAGAUGCCUUGGACCACAGCACCACCUACUUAUAGAAGCAUCCCGAGCCUCAGCCCGGCGGCAUCUCCGUCGGAAAGUGCGCUCGCCACAUCCCUCCGGCCUCGCGUGAGCGUUCUGGCUCCCACAGCUUGAACAGCGAGAAACCUUAGCUGGGGAGCAGCUGUGGAGAGAGCUCGGGAAACCGCCCCGUGGGAUAGGGACCCAGAGAGCGAGAGCGGGCGUGCCGCUGGCCGGAGGCUCGCGCUCACCGGCGUGGACGCAGCAUCCCAGAGGCUGCGGACGCGCCCGCCUCGCCGCGCUCCCGCCGGGCGCCGCCAGCCCAGAGGACCCUCCGCGCACUUCGAACCCGAGGCGGCCGCCGCAGCCCGGAGCUGCCACGCGCUUCCGUUGGGUCUCGGCAAACUUUUCCCCAGCCCACGUGCUAGCGAGGCGGCUGCCUUCCGGAGCCCGGGAUGGAGCGCAGCUCCUAGGCACGCCGCUCCGCCCGAGACGUUCACGUCGGGAAGAUGCUGACGGUGCCGAACUGAGCACUGGCGACUCUCCCUCUGCGUCUUCUCCAGCGGCGCGGUCCGCGCCGGCUCCUCUGAUGAGCGCUCCAGUUCCCCGACUUUGAGAGGCGUCUCUCCCCUGCCCGGCCGCCCAGAUGCAGUUUCGCCUCUUCUCCUUUGCCCUCAUCAUCCUGAACUGUAUGGAUUACAGCCACUGUCAAGGCAACCGAUGGAGACGCAGUAAACGAGCUAGUUAUGUAUCAAAUCCCAUUUGCAAGGGUUGCUUGUCUUGUUCAAAGGACAAUGGGUGCAGCCGAUGUCAACAGAAGUUGUUCUUCUUUCUUCGAAGAGAAGGCAUGCGCCAGUAUGGAGAGUGCCUGCACUCCUGCCCAUCAGGGUACUAUGGACACCGAGCCCCAGAUAUGAACAGAUGUGCCAGAUGCAGAAUAGAAAACUGUGAUUCUUGCUUUAGCAAAGACUUUUGUACCAAGUGCAAAGUAGGCUUUUAUUUGCAUAGAGGCCGUUGCUUUGAUGAAUGUCCAGAUGGUUUUGCACCAUUAGAUGAAACCAUGGAAUGUGUGGAAGGAUGUGAAGUUGGUCAUUGGAGUGAAUGGGGAACAUGUAGCAGGAAUAAUCGCACGUGUGGAUUUAAAUGGGGUCUGGAAACCCGAACACGGCAAAUUGUCAAAAAACCAGCAAAAGACACGAUACCAUGUCCAACCAUUGCUGAAUCCAGGAGAUGUAAGAUGGCCAUGAGGCAUUGUCCGGGAGGGAAGAGAGCGCCCAAGCCCAAGGAGAGAAAGAACAAGAAGAAGAAGAGGAAACUGAUAGACAGAGCCCAGGAACAACACAGCGUCUUCCUAGCCACAGACAGGGCCAACCAGUAAAAUAAGACACAGAGGGUGGAUUUGGGGGGUUUUCGUUUUUGCAAACGUGCACAAAGCUACUCUCCACUCCCGGACACUGGUGUGCGGCGUUUGUGCAGCUCUGACCAGUACCUGUUCCCAGUCAUAUUGUGAAAGGAGGAAUCACGAGUGUGGUUUCUGUUAUUUAUGCUUUGAUUUGCAUCUGGAGACUGUGAAGCGGGCAGCUUCUGACCUGAAUCAGUGGAAGCAGGAGCGAGCGAGCACGCAGCAUGUGACGUGGCUCGCGUGUGCCCUGAGCUCCUGGCACCGCCAUGGAGAGGCGAGCAGUGUGAGGCUGCAGACCACCACUGGAGAAGGGACGUGUGCAUAUUUACGGGGAAGAAGAUGUUCAGCAGGCAAAGCGCUAUUUCCCUUGUGCCCUUUAUUUCUCACGUUGUGCAUUGUCAAGGAUAAAUGUAUGUGGAUAUCUGCUUAGCGUUACCACAUGUCGUUCUCGGCAUCUGUUACCUUCAAACUGUUGUGCGAUGAAACUGCUUUUAACUGGGGCUACGCUACAGGAAUUCCUGCUCAAUUUCACAGCGGCUCUACUAUGUACAUAUUCUGCUGGGGCUACGUAUAAACCUCUUAUUUACUGUAUAUUUAUGCUCUCUUAUGUGUAACAAGUCAUACCUGAUUAAUAUGAUGUCACUUUGUUUUUAGUGGUUCCUAACCAUUGUCCGGUAAAUGACUGUUCUAGUUUUGCGAAUUGACAAGUGUUUUGUUGCCCCCUCCUUGGAACUUUCUUUUCGUUGUGGGCUUAUUUCUCAUUGUAAGGAUAGGAUAAGCUAGUUUGUAUAUAGGGUCCAAAGACCGGGUGUCAAAGAAUUUGAAUAUCAGUACACCUUCCCCCAGGCCAAGUCUCCUCCCACAGAUAAAGCAGCACAGGCCCUCUGGCAGUCAGAAGCCCAAACUCCCUUUGAGUCUAAGAUGUGACUUUAUGAAACACAACUGAAAACACAUGAGGAAUGAUAUGCUGUCACCUGUAGUGCUCAUGUAGUUUCACAGGCCAGCUAGAGAAUUUUUCAGACUUUCACUUCAAACUUCAAUAUACGUAUAUGUAUUAUUGAAAGUAGUCCCCGAGUGACAAUGACAGAGCACCUACCAGUAUUUUUGGGUCACUGCAGAAGUUCCACGAGACCAUGUGUAGAAUUUAAGAAAAGAGGGUGAAUUCCUACAACUGCUGGUGAGGUCUCCUUCAUAUCCAAGACAGAGAGGAACAUGAUGGAAACUCGCCAGGGGACUUCCAGAGCAGCUGUUUCAAAACCAUCACUGUCCCCCUUGGGGAAUCAGUUCUUAAAGGGAUUUCCAUCGACUACUUCUAAAAACAUCAUUCUCUUCCUGACUGAUCCAGAAAAUUAGAACAAAAAGAAAUGGUUGCAGAUUUUUGAGGAUUAAAAAAAACAAACAAAAAAAAACAAAGCAAGGUAAAGCCUUUUUCUCACCUUGCGUUGGCAAAACUACCUCUUUAGCAUUUUGGUUAACUUUUGAGUCAAAAGCAUCUUUCCAAUAAUUAUAAAUGUCAUAUACGUUGUUUUGAAAAUAUUAUUGCUAUGAGAUAAGCCAUAUAUGAAUGUUGUAUUCAGCUUUAGGGUUUGCAUUUAAUCCUAAAGUGUUCACUUCCUUUCACAUCUAUUUACUAAGCAGGGAGGAGUCUCCUUAUCAGUAAUAUGUCAAUACCUGUUCUGCUAAUGGGAUGUUCUUUUCGUGCAUUAAAAAACUUCAAAAGUAUUUGUGGAAAUGUUUUUCUUUAGAGAUAUAUUUAGGAAAAAAAGCAACUUUAAAAUUCUACCCCCAAACGAUGGUCUUUAAAAAAAGAAAAUCAGACAAAAGUGUUUUAAAACCUAUGGUAGUGAGUACAUCUAAGACACUAACCAGUUUAGCUGUAAAUGACACUCUAGUGGAAUGGUUAAGACUACCUGAGUUCUAAUCUAGACUUAGAAUACUCUGGAGGCAGAUUAUUUAGUCUCUCCAGGCCUCAGUUUCCUCAUCUGUAAAAUGGAAGUAACAAUAUUAUCUACAUGAAGGGCUGUGUUUUAAGGGCUAAAUUAAAUAAAAUAUGUAUAAAUUAAGUAAAAUAUGUUUAAGGGUUAAACCAGGUAAAAUGUAUAAAGUAUGAUCAACACAGCAUGAUAUAUAUUAAGCACUACCCAAGUUAUUACCUGUUAUUUUUAAUUACCACUGUCUUCGGCGAUUUUAUUUCAAAAAUAUUCAUUUCUCUUUGUCAACAAAAUAGAAUGUGUGUGUCUGAAAACAUCAGUUCCCUUCAAUCUAUUGCUUGACACCUGGACAUUAUUUGCUCAAACUUCUAUUCUUAUGGGACCUGAUUUACAGCUAUAGCCGACCCAUAUUGUAGUGUAAUUUACAGCUUCAGGGUAGUUAUACAAAGAAGAUUGGGUAGUUUUCCAUAAAUAGCUCUACCAUUCCUAUACUGAUUCAAUGUAUAUAAAUAGAAUAUAUGAAACUGGUUUUCUUCCCAAUAUUUUCAGGUAGCUUAGCAUCUGUAAAAGAUGGGACUAAACUGUCUCACUUAAGAAAUUGGAGUGGGGGAUGGGUGAAAUGGGAGAAGGUGAUCAAAAGGUACAAACUUCCAGUUAUAAAUAAGUCAUGGGGAUCUAACACUAUACAGCAUAAUGACUGGACUGCAUAUUGGAAAGUUGCUAAGAAUACAUUUUAAAUGUCUUCAGGAUGAGAAAUGAAAAUUUGACAGAUCAGCACUUAGAAAAGCCCAUUCAUGACUAUGUCUUUGUUCUUUUUCAAGAUGCUAAUAUCAGUCACUGGAAAUGGAAUUUUCAUGUUUUGCUGGAGACAUUUGGAGAAAAACUAACACUCAGCCUUAAGCAUGUGAUUUCCAUAAAGGUGACAUGAUUCCUUCUCCAACUUUUGUUUUGUUUUGUUAUAAAGGGGAGCUGUGAGUAGGCAACAGAAAUAAUAGUAAAUAAUACUUCUGUUCAUUGGAGAGAAGUUUGUACACAGUGGAUACCACGUGAUCAUAGCAUGUUUGAAAAGGCAGAAUUAGAAACCCUAAAAAUGUUUCUGUAUCUUGGCCAACCUCAUUAUCCUCCCUCUUCUUUCAAGAGGGAUAGCCGUUCCACUUAUAUAUUUGAUCCCGUUCCCUCUUACUUUUGGGGGACCUUCAGUAUCCAUGCAUUUGGUCUCUUCAGCCCUUCCUCUCCCUCUGACUUAAGGUAUUCUUUCUUUCAAAGGUUUCAUUGUCCAAUAUCCUGAAAAAGUAACUUACAUUCAUAGAUGGCUUCAACCUUCUCCCAUUCUCAUCUUAACUCAUCCAUAAUCUUGUUUCUUUCCCACCACUGUAUUGUAAUUGUUCUGACACAAGCAGCAAUGACAUUCUGCUGGCUAAAUUCAAGGAAGAAGUUUGUCUUAUUGCCUUAAUCCUUUUGUACGUGUCGUAUCUGCUGUUUCUACCGAAUUUGACUCGGCUGUUCCCUAUCCUUUAGGAAUUCUGUUUCUUAUUUGGCUUCUGCAACAUUCCUAACCUGGGUUUUCUACUUUUCUGGCUAUUUUCAGUCAUCUUCUCUUUCUUGGCCCAAAUUAAAAAUGUUGACAUUUCAGGGGUUAGCCCACUGUUUAAUCUUUUCAUCUGCGUACCCCACCUGGGAAAUCUUAACGUUAUGCCUUCAGCUACAACCUGCAUGUUGUUAUCUGCCAAACCAAUCCCUGUCACCAGGUCUUCAGUAACUAUUUCCAAGCUGCUUCUAAAUAUCUUGAUCAGGGACACCCGCACCGCACUUAAUCUCAAGCACAAUCUAUCUAAACCUGAAUUUAUUGCUGUAUCAGUCAAGAGUCCAGUCAUGGACAUAAACUAGUCUAGGGGAUUUAACAUUGGGAAUUGUUUUCACAGGUGAUACAUGAGACAAGAAGCUAGCCUGGGGAUGGCAAGACAGCCCAGAGAUUAGCAACAGCAAGAAGCCACUAUCAUCUGUAGGACGAGAGGAAUAACAGGAAAAGGUGAAGUUUCUAGAAUCCAGAAGGCAUGGCCAUCCAAAUGGAGCUAGAACUAUAGCUGAGGCUAGAGCUAUGACCACUGAAGAAACUGGAACCAAAGACAAAGCUUGUCUGGUGGGAGCUGACAUCGUGGGAAAGAUCUGGUCACAAUGAGAGACGUUGCCUGAGGCAAAGUGAGAGGAAGAAAUACCCUGACUUCUCCCCGCCUUCCAACCUCCAGUCUACUGCCAGCAUCUGAUGCUGAGGAACUCAGGGGAAGGGCAGAGCAUAUACCUAAGAGCAAAGAAGCAAGUGAUCAGCAUAAUCACCAAAAUCUGCCCCCUAAGCAAUCCCUCUUCCUGCCUUUCCCAAAUAAUAGUUAAUAUCUGUAUCUACCUAGUUGGUUAAAAGCAAAGACACCAGUAUUCAUCAUUUACGCUCAGUGUUUCCUACAUCUAAUCUAUUACUAGAUUCUCGUGAGUCUACCUUAGAAAGCUGUUGAAUUUCUCCCCAGCUCUUCACUUUCUUUGUCCUAGACCUGUUGGGUCCUCUCUUCUUCUGAACUGCUCCAUUAUUAUCCUAACUAUUCUUGCCCUAGUUUCACCCACUCCAAUUUUUCAUUUAUAUUUCUACCAUUUAUUUUUCUGUUAAUGUAUUUUUUUC